AGUCAUUUGACCAACGGUCGCGGGAAGCACCGAAGUGGGCAGAUCAGAAGUUUGGAAUUGCUGAAAUUUGCUAAUUUAGUAAACAAACACACAGAUUCAUAGUUAAAAGUGUUGUUUUGUGAUGAGUAGUUUUACUUUUUUAGUCUUGAUCAUCGUUCAUCAUAUGCGGUCUGACUAAGCGAUUUUGUGAACGUAAAAAGUGAGCGCUAGUAAUCGGAGGGUCACGCUGUAGCCAUUUUCGCUGUGCGGGGGGUUUUAGGGAACGCGAGUACGUUAGCUAGCGAGUGCUAGCUAGUGGUCUUGUAAACGUGGAGAAAUGAGUUUCAGCUGCCGAAGACAACACGGGAGCAAUUCUCCAAAGAUGGGACCUAUUCGGCAAAAAUUACAGUUUACUCCAAGUGACGGAGAAGAGGAGGACUGCAACAACAGCACAGGAGCAGAGUCGGGCUUCACUGAGAUCGACUCCCCGCUACCGCUGCGGCGACAGAAUUCAGCGGAGAGCCAGCGCGAAGAUGGCGAUGUGGAGCUCUGGGACGAGGAAGGGUUUGGAUCGCCGUCCCCCGUGAAACAGCGUAGAGUCCUCGUCAAGGGGUCGCCAUCUCCAAGGAAGAGCCCCCGGUCUUACGACAGUUCUUCCCCGGAUAUGUACCGCCGGGAAGAUAGGGAAGGGUCAAGUUCUCCUAUUCCCGAUUGCCCAGAUACACCUCCCCAUAAAACCUUCAGAAAGCUCCGGCUGUUUGACACGCCGCACACCCCAAAGAGUUUGCUGUCCAAAGCCCGGGGUGCGGGUACUGUGUCCUCUAGUAGGAGAGUAGCCCUCUUCAAGAAUGCAGACUCAUCGGGGAAACCCACCACGGACUGCAAGUGGAACCAGACACCCCGAAUUAACAUAAACCCUUUCACGCCCGACUCGCUAGUCGUGCAGUCAGCUACACUCCAGAGGAAUACUAGGAAGAGGUCACACUGGAAUGACUCUUGUGGAGAAGAUAUGGAAGCCAGUGAUGCUGAAUUUGAAGAUGAAAUCAUUCCUCCAAAGAGGAUAACCAUAAUGGAAAGCAACAUGACGUCCCGGUACGCCACGGAGUUCCACGAGCUGGAGAAGAUCGGCUCGGGCGAGUUCGGCUCCGUGUUCAAGUGCGUGAAGAGGCUGGACGGCUGCAUCUACGCCAUCAAGCGCUCGAAGAAACCCCUGGCGGGCUCCAUAGACGAGCAGAAUGCGCUCCGGGAGGUGUACGCCCACGCCGUCCUGGGACAGCACCCCCAUGUGGUCAGAUACUAUUCUGCAUGGGCAGAAGACGACCACAUGCUGAUACAGAACGAGUACUGCAACGGCGGGACGCUCUCCGACAUAAUAUCGGAGAACUACAGGACCUUGCGCUUCCUGUCCGAGAUGGAGCUGAAGGACCUGCUCCUGCAGGUGUCCCGCGGGCUGAAGUACAUUCACUCCACGUCGCUGGUUCACAUGGACAUCAAGCCCAGCAACAUCUUCAUCUCUCGAAAGACCGUUUCAUUUGUGGAUGAAGGCGAUGAAGACGAUGGGCUCACAGGAAGCGUUGUGUACAAAAUAGGUGAUCUUGGUCAUGUGACCCGGGUGAGCAAUCCUCAGGUUGAAGAGGGGGACAGCAGGUUCCUGGCAAAUGAGGUCCUCCAAGAGGAUUAUAAGAACCUGACCAAAGCAGACAUCUUUUCCUUGGCACUGACGGUGAUCAGUGCCUCAGGGGCGGAGCCUAUGCCCACCAAUGGGGACAAGUGGCACGAAAUCCGGCAAGGAAAACUUCCCCGGAUACCACAAGUGCUCUCUCAGGAAUUCUUAAAUUUACUGAAGCUGAUGAUCCACCCGGACCCGGAGCGCAGGCCGUCGUCGUCGGCGCUCAUCAGACACCCGGUGCUGCUCACCGCCGCGCGCAUGAGCGCCGACCAGCUGCGCGUGGAGCUCAACGCCGAGAAGUUCAAAAACGCGCUGCUGCAGAAGGAGCUGAAGAAGGCGCAGAUGGCCAAGGCGGCCGCGGAGGAGAAGGUUUUGGGCACAGACCGAGUACUGACGCGCUCCACCGUCCAGUCCAGCAACAGGACGUCCAGGCUCAUCGGCAAGAAGAUGAACCGCUCGGUCAGCUUGACGAUUUACUGAAACGGACAAUUUCCUCAAGCGGCUUUUUUUUUUUUUUUUUGCGCUGAACCACAAACUGAGAAGCCCUCUGAAGGGCAGGCGGAGUAAACUUGUGGACAAGUUGGCACUGUCUGUGGACUUAAACUCUGCUCGGACUGCGGGGGACUUGUGAAAGAGUGGGAGGGGGUGGUUCAGUUCAUUUUGUUUUGUUUUUUUUACUGAAGCGUGACCUAAAACUUUCCAAUCUUAAUCAAAGUCCUUCAGAGUGAAGGGAUGUUCAGCCCGAGCACUUGAGGGUUUUCCUGCGAAACAGUUUUGCUUCUUAAACUAGAGGGGAAUAAUGUUCCAGAGCAUUCUGUUCAGUGCGAGGGUCUAAGACAGUUAAUAUUGCACCUUACAGCCUGUGAAGUACCUAAAUUCAGGUAAAGCUGGAUCACCAGAUAAGAUUGUUUAAGAAAAUGAGCACUUUGAGGGCAAUGAAUAAAUUUGCCAGAUACAGCCUGCUGCUAUAAAUGUUGUCUUUCCGUAACUAGGGUUGGAGAGAUCCACAUCUCAAAUCUUGUACAUUUAACAAAAUACUGAUUUUAUAUGAACUGCUGUCAGACACAGAAAGCAAUAACAACAUGGUUGAUGAGAACAGGCCUUUCUGCCUAGUAAUUUUGUCCAUUGGGUAGAGUGUAAUCCAGCACUGAACACCCUUAGGGUGAGAUGCAAGUUGUCAAUUUGUGUUUUUGUUUUUUUUGUUUUUUUAAAUUCUUUUUUAUUUUGUAUUUGGUGACUUACAAAACUGUAAUUUUAUAACCCAGUUUUUACUUAACCGAUUGAAUGUACCCUUUUCUCAAUUCAUAAAUGCACGUAGGCCCAGAAAAAAUGCAGUUUAGGUGAAUUAAUACAGGAUGUGUUUUAAAAGCUCUUAUUUGCCUUAAUGUUCAGUUUUGCUUUUAACUUAACGCUCCUCGCAGUCCACAGAAGGUUACAGUAUUUGGUGCUAGAAAAAUGUUUUCUCUUUUUUCUCCCUCAGCCUAUCUCUCCAGCCCUGACAGUAGCAUUAAAACAGUCGUUAAUAUGUUUAGUUUACCGUACGUGAAUAAUGCAUUUCUUUGUUAUAAUGCACAAUCAGCGCAAGGAUUUGUGCAUUUGUUUAUUACAUUUUGUAGUUUAAUUUUCACCAUGAGUCUGUCACAUUCUCAGCUUUAGAAAUUCCUCAUUUUGUUACAGAUUGUACAACUGUUCUCAAUAAAUUCAAAUUUUCUGGA